AUUCUUCCUUCAGUUUUCGAGUGACUGUGAAAGAGUAAAGUUCAUUUAUCGAGCUACUUUUCGAAUACGAAUGCUUUUUAACCGACUUUUACCCUGUGUUUGACUAUUUAAGUGCUUUUUUACCCUAUUAUCGUGUCGUAACGAACGUUUAUAAAGUGACAAUCAGUUUUCCCUUUAACCACAUUGAACAAGAACUUACAAAAAUGUCUAAGCAACAAAAUUUUCCAGAUACAAGUGCUUCAUCAGCCAGCGAAGACAAAAAGGCUAUCUACUACGAAUCCUCCAAGACUGACAGCGGGUUCAUAUCGGGAGAAAUAUCCGAGGAAAUCCUAGAUUCGGGUUUAAUCGAAGACGUCGACAAACCCCUCAACACCACAGCUUCUUUUACCGAGGAAGAGGAAAAGAAAGUUGAACCCAUGCUUCUGGACAGUGGCGUGUGCCUUACGGAGAGCUUUUCCAAGAUAAGCAUUAAGGAAAUCGAGUCUGGAGUGAACGAUCUGAACAAUCCGACGAAAAAACCAACGGCACCUGUUGAUUCCUUUACCAAAAAGCAGGUCAAGCCUGCCGAGGCUAUUCCAUGGAAGAUCUACUACGAGCAAGAUGAAGAAGGAGACACACAUCUUCACAUGGCGAUCGCCCAAGGAUUCCUCGAAGUGGCCGUAGCACUGAUCCGUGCCGUACCCCAUCCGAAGCUCCUAGACACCGCCAACGACGACAACCAAACUCCCCUGCACCUUGCCGUCGAGACAGGACAAUGGAGGAUCGUCAGAUGGCUCAUCGUGGCAGGUGCGACGCCCUCACCGAGGGGGCCUCAAGGUGAUUCACCCCUUCAUGUAGCAGCACGGAAGAAUGACAGCAGGAGCGUGAGGGCUAUUAUCGAGCCCGUUCAAGUGCAGGAGAGGGACCAGCUGGCUCUCAGCUAUCCAGGACAUUUGUACGAGACUUGUGAUUUUGAUCAAUGGAAUUUCUUAGGUCAAACGUGCGUCCACGUAGCAGCUAUGCACGGACAUCUCGAAGUGCUCAGAAACCUGAUCUGGUAUGGCGCCAAUAUCAACGCUAGAGAAGGCUGUAUGGGAUUCACACCUCUUCACUGCGCCGUUCAAACCGGCAACGAAGACGUAGUUCAAUUCCUCUUAAGUUGUAAGAACAUUGACGUAGAAACGAUGAGCUAUGGCGGCAAAGAUGCUUUAGAAAUCAACCAUCGCUUCGUGUCAGAAACAAUUAGGCAAGCUUUAAUAAACAAGGGUCUACCUUCGCCCUAUUCGAGUGAGGACGAAUACGACUCCGAUACCAGCGAAGAUGAGAUGGUGUAUGAAAACAGUCACGUCUUCAGCACGCAAAUGGUCAACGCCAGCGCCUAGAUUAAAAGACCCAGGGAUUAAAUGAGGCAGGAAAGAAGAAGUCUGCAAGAUUCAGGUCGCCUUGACAGGCAUAUUAUAAGAAGAGGAGAGGUAGAAUUGCCAAAAAAGAAAAAUACUGUGAUGAAAUUUGUACACAUCUUUACAUCUUCAUGGCAUUAUUUAGCAUACUGGGUGUUACACCGUCAUUUGAAAUGAUUUUACAGCUCUUGAUUUAGCGGGAUAUUGUUAAUUUUUUGUUUUUAUAUUUUGCAGAUUAUUUUGCCUUAUUUUUAUACCUUUUUAUUGCAUAAUUAACGUAGUUAUAAUUUAGCGUAUUUUUUGCACAUGGAGAUCAUAAAAUUGUAGCUAAAUUUGUAUUGGAAAAUAUAAUAAAUAUAAAUUAUCUAGUGCAAACAAUAGGCAUUACAUAUUUGGGCGGUUAGUAACUUUAAACAUAGGGAAAUAAGCAAUGGUGUCUGUAACAUUCGCCUAAAAUCGGUGAAAAGAUUAUCUACCACCAUACAGAUACAUUAGGGAUGUUUAAUAGUUCUAUUUCAUGCCACCAGAAACUGUAGUUCAUCCAGAUGGUCGCACAUUAUAAAUUUCAAGUAUACAAUUAACUGUUAUGUUACUGUGACGUACAAUAGGUUCUCUUAUACCAUCUGGAUAUAUGGUGUACGUAAAAUGUAUGUGAAAAUUGAAAAGUUGUCUCGAAAUCUAAGAAUUUGCUUUUCGGGUACACCUAGUAUGUAUAUUCCUAGUUUAUUGUGGUCUUUAAUACCAUGUAAAAACUAGUAAUGAAAGCUGUUCAAGUCAAUAGCAAACCCUUUUCAUCCUUUAAAACAUUUUACCAACUUCAGAAAAUCCAGUUGCAUAGCUGUUUCCAGCAAAUGCUGUUUUUGCAUUGCUAUCCAGCCAUAUCAUUGUCACCAUUAUUUUUAUAAUGUUUCAAACCACUGAUUUAUUGAUACUCAAUAAUCUUAAGAUUCAGCGGUUUCGUACACCAUGUUGAUAGUUGUAGAACUAAGCGUCUCUUUGGUUGAAAUUUUAAAUAACCACCAAUAGGAGCCAUAACAUGAUAAUAAGAACAUAAUUCCAAAUACACAUACUUUUUAUGGAUACCACAGUGUGAUUUUCAAGUCAUACUCCCUCUUUUAAUUUUUUGAACCAUAAAAUGUAUAUUACAAAGUUUAUUGGACUAAUCCAAGAUGUUGUUCUUUGUUUUUAUGAUAUUUCAAUGACAGAACUAAAAUGGCGGACAGGUACCAUUUUGUAAGAUAAUUUUAUUUGAAAGAUCUUACCACUAAUAAGUUGAUAGUAUUAAGGCUAUUAAACUUUUAUGGAAAAAUGGCAACAUAUUACAUGUAAAAUAUCAUUUGAAAGCUAAUCUGUCAUGUAAUAGUUUGUUGUAAAUAAUAAAGAAAAGGUUAUUCUUUCCAAAAGAAAGGAUAGCCAUUUUUAAACGGUCAGAAUCGCGCAAAAUUUUAAGAAUUGAGUGACACAAGAACUAUCUCAUCCUAUUUAAUUUAAUAGUCCAAGAGGCAGGGCUGAAAAAUCUCUUUGAAUUUACUAAAGCUAGAUUUUUCAGAGUUGAUUAUUGUGAUUGUGUAGAGAAACAUACUGCGGUCGGUCAAGUGAAACGUAGAACAGGUCUUACUGAGAGGGUAUCAAAGUUGCUUUCCUACGAUGGUAAUUAAAUCCAUUUACUAAGGCUGAAAAUCAGUACACACAUUCUAAAUUGAAUAUAAAUAAAAGUUAUUAUAGUCGGUCAGCUGUAUGACGGGACAGAGCCGGUCGGUCGGCCCCAGUGAAUGUACAGGGUUAUUCACUAUAUUUUGACCCCCUUGUAAACUGCUUUAUUUACAGAAUUAGAAAAAAAUGUAAAAUACAAAGGUUAUUCGAUUUUUAAAUUAUUAUGAUUUUUUGACAUAUAUAUCGUACUAGUGACAUCAUCCAUUUGGGUUGUGAUGACGUAAUGGACUAUUUUUUUAAAUGGAAAUAGGGGUCGAGUGCUAGCUCAUUUGAAAGGUUAUUCAAUUCCCUAUUCAGUAAUAUAAACAUUAACAUGAUUAAUUAUACAGGGUAUCCAAAAAAAUUAAUUAAAUUAAUUGUUUAAUUAAUAAUUUAAAAAAAAAUUUGGACACCCUGUAUAAAUAAUGAUUUUAAUGUUUAUAGUACUGUAUAUAGAAUUGAAUAACCUUUCAAAUGAGCUACCACACGACCCCUAUUCUCAUUUAAAAAAAUAGUCGAUUACGUCAUCACGCCCAGAUGAAUGACGUCACUAGUACGAUAUAUAUGUCAAAAAAUCAUAAUGUAAAAAUCGAAUAACUUUUGUAUUUUACAUUUUUUUCUAAUUCUGUAAAUAAAGCAGUUUACAAGGGGGUCAAAAUAUAGUGAAUAACCCUGUACAUUCAUUGGGGCCAACCGACCGGCUCUGUCCCGUCAUACAGCUGACCGACUAUAAUAACUUUUAAUUAUAUUCAAUUUAGAAUGUGUGUACUGAUUUUCAGCCUUAGUAAAUGGAUUUAAUUACCUUCUUAGUAAAGCAACUUUGAUACCCUCUCAGUAACCCCUGUUCUACGUUUCGCUUGACCGACCGCAGUAUGUUUCUCUACACAAUCACAGUAAUCAACUUUGAAAAAUUUAGCUUUAGUAAAUUCAAAGAGAUUUUUUAGCGCUGCCUCUCCGUCUAUAACAAAAUGGUGAACAAUCGCCAUGUUUUACUAAUUACGUCACUGAUACGUCAUAAAAACAAUUGACAGGUGUCUGUGAUCAGUCACCGAAUUUAUUAAUUAAGAGUUUUACUGUUCAGAAAAUAUUGGGGCUUUGAGACCUAAAUUCACAUUUUAUAUUAUAGAAACAAGUUACCAACCAGCUAACGGUUUAAAAGAAGCUUUUUAACCUGCCAUAAGUACAUGUUGUUAAAUUUUAUCACUUUCAACUUAAUUUAAUAGGUUACUUUUAGUUUUAAAAGUUUUAGUAUUAAAUGAGAGUUGUAAACCUGGCAAUAUCUCAAGAAGACUGUAAAAUCACUAAAAUAUUGGGAAAUGCCCAAUAAAACAUUAAAACACACACACUAAGGCAGAUAAUUUUUUUAAAGAUUUCGCUACUGAGGAUGAAAACAAUAAUUGUAGACUGUACAUAUAUUUCCCUAUUUAAACGUUAAGAUGUUUUCAUCAUUUGUAGAUGAAAUAGUACUAUAUUUCGUGAAUUUUCACACGAGUAUUAUUAGUAGAAAAUGUUUUGAACUGAAAAAAUGUCAAUAAUAAUGUUAGCUCUAAUAUACAUCUAAAAUCAGUAUAUGUUUAGUUGUUAUAUACCUAUAUUUGUGUAUGACAUUUCUGACAAUUGUAAUGUUUUCUAAAAUACGCUACGGAUAUUCAUCGCUUCUUUUCUGUUUCAAACACUUGACAUAUGACAUAUAAUAUCUCUAAGUCAUUGGUUUCUUCCAUAUUAUAAUAUACCAAUGACAAAUGACGUAGAUAUAUUAUAUGUCAUGUGUCAAGUGUUCGAAACAAAAGAAAAGCGAUGAAUAGAGCUAUGUAGCAGUGUUGUCAUCAGUUCAAAUACGUAGGCAAGUAAGACUAAUCGUAGAAUGGACAUGUUCUGUCUUCAGUUUAGUUAUUGUACAUUUUUUCACCAGCUACAGGUUUUUGUUAUAAUUUAUUUCGAAUCAUUGUUUAGUUUACGGACUUUUGUAUAUAGUACCUAUGUUUUUAGUUAAGUCAACCCUAAAAUAUAUAAUUUAUUAAAA